GGUUUUAAAAUGGAACAUUUUGAUGCAUCACUAAGUACCUAUUUCAAGGCAUUGCUAGGCCCCCGAGAUACCAGAGUAAAAGGAUGGUUUCUUCUGGACAAUUAUAUACCUACCUUUAUCUGCUCUAUCAUAUACUUAUUAAUAGUAUGGCUGGGACCCAAAUACAUGAAGAAUAGACAGCCGUUCUCCUGCCGGGGAAUUUUAGUGGUGUAUAACCUUGGACUUACGUUGCUGUCCCUCUAUAUGUUCUGUGAGUUAGUGUCAGGAGUAUGGGAAAGCAAAUACAACUUCUUCUGUCAGGGAACACGCAGCGCGGGAGAAUCAGACAUGAAGAUCAUCCGUGUCCUCUGGUGGUAUUAUUUCUCCAAACUCAUAGAAUUUAUGGACACCUUCUUCUUCAUCUUACGCAAGAACAACCACCAGAUCACGGUCCUUCACGUGUACCACCAUGCCUCCAUGCUGAACAUCUGGUGGUUUGUGAUGAACUGGGUGCCUUGCGGCCACUCUUACUUUGGUGCCACACUUAAUAGCUUCAUCCACGUCCUCAUGUACUCAUACUAUGGUCUGUCAUCUGUCCCUUCCAUGCGUCCGUAUCUCUGGUGGAAGAAAUACAUCACUCAGGGGCAGCUGCUCCAGUUUGUGCUGACAAUCAUCCAGACCAGCUGUGGGGUCAUCUGGCCCUGUGCUUUCCCCCUCGGUUGGUUGUAUUUCCAGAUUGGAUACAUGGUUUCUCUGAUUGCUCUCUUCACAAAUUUCUAUAUUCAGACUUAUAACAAGAAGGGGGCCUCCCGGAGGAAAGACCACCUGAAGGACCAUCAGAACGGGUCCGUGACAGCUGUGAAUGGACACACCAACAGCUUUUCUUCCCAGGAAAACCAUGUGAAGCCAAGGAAACAACGGAAGGAUUGAAGACCAAGAAUUGAAAACCUCCAAACCACGCGUCUGAUUGUAAGCACAAUGAGUUGUGCCCCAAUGCUCGUUAACAGCUGCUGUAACUAGUUGGCCUACAAUAGUGUGAUUCAUGUAGGCCCUCUUUCAUCAAUUUCAAACCCCUAGAAAAUGUAUACUGAUCAUAUAAGUAGGCAUAAGAUUUUUUUAACAUUUCUGGGCUCUCACCGACCCUUGCGCUAGACUGUGGAAAAGGGAGUUAUUAUUGUAGUAUAUGACACUGCUGUUGCCUUAUUAGUUUUAACAUGAUAGGUGCUGAAUUGUGAUUCACAAUUUAAAAACACUGUAAUCCAAACUUUUUUUUUAUUAUUAUUGUGGAUCAUGCAUGUGAUUGUAAAUGUAAAUUUGUACAAUGUUGUUAUCAUAGAGAAACACACAUGCCUUAAAAUUUAAAAAGCAGGGCCCAAAGCUUAUUAGUUUAAAUUAGGGUAUGUUUCAAGUUUUUAUUCAUUGUUUUAAUAGCUCUGUUUAGAAAAAUCAAAGACCAUAAUUUGUGAAACAUCUAGCGUGUAACACAUAGUUUAAGUGACUUGUACAUGUGAAAUCAGAAACGGCACCGUCAGUUUUGUAGUAAUGGCUUUUAAGUCAAGCAGGCUCAAAUCUAGUGGAAUAGUCAGUUUAACUUUUUAACAGAUCUUAUUUUUUUAUUUUGAGUGCCACUAUUAAUAAGGUGUUAAAAAAAGAGUUGAGAGGGAAGUCUGAAGAAGUCUUGAUGAAGCUUAAAAAUAUAUACUUUUGUUGUCAAGAUUUUAGAAAGUAGUAGGGUGACUAGGCUGUUUUUAAUUUCUGAAAUGCUAAGUGUUUUUAUACAGGAAACAAAGACCAUGUUGCUUUCCACAGUGUGAGAGAGGAUGUAUACUUUUCGAAGGUGAUGCUGAAUACAUAUUAUUUGACAGAGUCAUAGCUAUAGAUGAGCAAUGAGGAGCUGGUUGCCAGGGUCCAAAUAUGGAUUGAUUUCUGUACUGCUAUCUGUUUUGACACAAACUUCCUUUUAAAAUGUGCCUAGUUUACCAAAAUGAAUUAAAAAGGGGAAAAAGGACAUUCAGAUUUUUAAGGUAAAAUUAAACAGAUAGCUACAGCAUAAGAGAACUGGGAAAUUAGAUGUGGAUCAUUUGUUUAAUGUAAUUAAAUUAUAAUUGUAGUUUUUUCUGCUUAAAAAUCUAAAGAUUGUUUAGAACCGCUUGUUUAAAAAUAAUGUUCUGCUUAUUGUAAAAUCAUGUCUCACACUUUGAGGCAGUGGUUGUACAGAUAAGGACUAUUGUGUAUGUCAUUUUAAAGUGUUGGAAUUUCACCUCCGAGUACGUUCUUCAUUGAAAAAGCAUUCAUUGAACCACUUAUAUGACACAUCUUAAAAGGUCAUUGACAAUGUAUAAACUAAUUGUUGGUUUGAUAUGUAUGUAAAUAUCAGUUUACCAUGCUUUAAUUUUGCACAUUCAUAUUAUAGGGAGCCGAUCGGUUCUCUUAUUAGUCUUGUGGGUGUUCUGUUUGGAAGGAAUCACAGCGUCUGUUUACAUUUACCUUAUCAACCCUAGAAUGUGUAUAUUUGUAAAUGUAUGUCUUCAUUCCUAGGUACUAGUUUGCGAAUGUCUUUACAUAUGUCAAUACAGAAACUAAAACAUUCGAUAGUAUGUUGUCAAAGUGUGCUUAGCUCAUCUGGAUAUACCCACACUGUUAAAUAAUGUCUAAACAUUAAUCAUUAAAACAUUUUUGAUUA